AGGUACAGCGGAAGCCAGCCGACCUGAGGCGCUCCGCUCCUGCCAUUCUUCAGUGUGUGUGUUUGUGUAUGUGUAUGUAUGUGUGUGUGGAUGUGUGCAACCUGCGCGCCAGAUCAUCGGUUCGUUUCGAGCAGCAUUAUAGUGCCUCUUGCAGCAGCUGCGGUGGCAUCAAAGGCUUUGCCUCCGUGGGAAUUAUAGGAAGACUGACGUACACCAUCUCCGAUCGAGUGCAAGCAACCGGUUUGUCGGGUGCGCUGGUGCGGGGAAUGAUGCAUUGAGGACGGGCUGCUGCUUUGCGGUCAUUUUAUCCUCCGAGCUCUAUUACAUCCACCUCGAUCGGGAGAGCUGUGAAUAUUUCGUGUAGAAAAAAAAAUAAUGGCUACUCUUUUGCGAAAAAUCGGGCUCAUUCGUCUGCACGACCGAGACACGGAGGACCCGAAGCAUCACCACCAGGGCUCGUUGAAAGGGACUAAAGGUAACCAGAAAAACAACAACACGAAGCACUGCAACACCAGCAACGAGACCAACAACAUCCUCAGCACGCCAGAAAUCAAAGCCAAGCACUUCGACGUGCCCGGGAAGGACAAGCCGGCCGCCAAACACGACAAACCGAGCAAGGACACGAAGGAGACGCAGCAAACGGGGGGUGUCAAGUCGACGAGCGCGUCCGUGGUGCCUCCGCUGGCGGCCAACCGACAGCACUGCACCCAGGUGCGGACGCGGAGACUGAUGAAGGAGCUGCAGGACAUCCAGCGGCUCGGCGAUAACUUUAUAACGGUGGAGCUGGCGGACGAUAACCUGUUUGACUGGAAUGUCAAGCUGCACCAGGUGGACAAGGACUCCGCGCUGUGGCAGGACAUGAAGGAGACCAACACCGAGUUCAUACUGCUGAAUGUCACCUUCCCCGACAAUUUCCCCUUCUCUCCGCCGUUCAUGCGCGUGCUGACGCCGCGGCUGGAGAACGGAUACGUGCUGGACGGCGGUGCGAUCUGCAUGGAGUUAUUAACGCCUCGCGGCUGGUCGAGCGCGUAUACCGUCGAGGCCGUGAUGAGGCAGUUCGCUGCCAGUCUGGUGAAAGGACAGGGUCGCAUCUGCAGGAAAGCAGGCAAGUCUAAGAAGGCAUUUAGUCGCAAGGAAGCCGAGGCUACCUUCAAGAGCCUUGUGAAGACCCAUGAGAAGUACGGCUGGGUUUCCCCUCCCGUGUCUGAUGGCUGAUGUCAGCGCGUUCGACCUAGCGACCUUGACAUGGCUUUUUCAGUUGGGUUUUUCUUCUUUCUUCAUCAUCAAACUUAACUACAAAAAAAAAAGCUACUGCAUCAUAUCUUACACAUCUUGAUCAACAUGGCACAUGCGCUGUCCCAUCCACACAUUCAUGUUUAUCGAGGUACCAUGGACUGAAAACUGGCUGUGACAUCACAAUGAUUCAUGAGCUGGCAUCAUUACAGCUGCAUACAGCAAAGGACUUUGAAAUGAAUGAGGCUAAAGCAAAGAUAAAUGUGCACCAACAAACCACAACCUUACUAGAUAUCCCUGUGUAUCUUUCUUUGUGCCCCCCCAUACUCACACACACUCUUUCUUUUUGUUUCUGACGAUGUGUUGCAAUGAACAGCAUCAGACUUGUCCUCAUUGACUUUGUUAACGCUUAAUAGAUCUUUGAGGUUUGGUUUUUCUUGUUUCCUCCUCAUUGGCUGUGCUGUUUUUCACGGUUGGAUGCAAAAUGAUGAUUGUAUGAUGAGCUGUGCUCUUCUCUAUUCAUUUCUCUCUCUCUCUCUCUCUCUCUCUCUCUCUAUCUCUUUCUCUAUUCCUCUUUGCGUGUGGCAAAAUUUAGACAUCACUGUGUUGCGUAAAUGGUAAUUGAUUUCCAAUGAGGGAAAAAUUAUAAUCUUGUUGCUUAUGCAGUGGUCCAAGAUAAUAAUAAUAAAAUUAAAAAAAAAACCUGGUAGUGAACCACCUAUGUUGGUCAUUAUAUCAUAUGUUUUUGGAGAAGACCAAAAGCUCUUAAAGGAAUUGUUUUUCCAAAUAUGUUUGGAAAUUCUGCCAUCAUUUACAAACCGGCAUGUCUUUCGAAACCUGUAUGGCUUUCUUUUUUCCGUGGAACACCGAAUGUGUUAUUUGUAGCUGAAUGUCCAAGAUGCUCUUAGUCUUUUCCAUUCAAUGAAAGUGAAUGGUGACUAUGGCUGUCAGAAAAGAUUUUACAGUGAAUAAUGACUUGAAUUUCACUCAGUUCCUCAGAGCUAUUGUCUGGUUUCAGAUGACUAGUAAUAAAGUGCACAAGUCAUAUGGACUUCUUUUUAUGGUGCUUUUGUUGGAAAAGAAAAGCUUGGACAUUCUACAAAACUUCUCUUUAUGUGGAACGUCUCUUCCAUGGAAGACUGAAAGUCAUAUGGUUUUGAAACAACGUGAGGGUGAGUAAAUGACAGAAAUGUUAUUUUUAGGUGAACUAUCCCAUUAAUUUGAAUGAUUUAGAUACCAGAUGGCAUUAAUGAAUGUCAAUGUCCCUGUGGGAUUGUUGCGUAUCUGCGAGAGUGAGGAAUGUGUAGCAUGUAACAGACAUGGUAAUGUUUGCACAUGUGGUUUAUGUGAGAUCUUUGAAGAUCCAUCAUGCCAUCGGUCCCCAUGGACUACUAAACGUCAGAACAAAGAUGAAGAUGUGUGGACUGACCCCAUGUUCAGCUUAAACUUGUGACCGCAACAUGCCGAUGCCACGGUUUAUGCCCCAAACACUAUCAUCAUUAAUUGUGCUGAUUUGCUUGUGCUAUUUCGGCUCAUAGAUCGAUAUGCUUGUGGUUGUAGGCCUUGCACCUAAUCUGCAUCACUGUGCUGUUGUGCUUGAUCAAUACUAGACUAGAACAACUGUAAACAGGACAAAAUGGCCGACAGCCCAACGUCAUACUUGAACUGCUUGAAAUCAAUGCUCAAGCAUCAUUAUGACUUCAAACUUGGACUCUUUGAGGCGGUACACUGCGUACCUGGUGCCACCGCUAUCGAUAAGAGCCAGAUGAAGACGGACAGAAGAGGAGAGAGAGAGAUAGAGAGAGAGGCACUGAGUGGGCAACUCCUUUGUUCAGCAGCCUUGAGAAAUGAGGGCAGCUCGUUUAGAUGCCUGAUUGAUGCUCUGAAAGAGCCUUGGAGUUUAUUGACUUCUUCAAAUGUCAGCGUGAAGCUGGAACACCACAAGACUCCAUCUGUAGCAAGCGCUUAAAUGCUCUGUUUAUUUAAGGCCCCACCCUACCAAUGGCGCUCUCCGUAUAGUGUCUGAAAUACAAAUGACAAGAUGGUUUAAAAGGGAAGAUCAUUUCUGUGUUGUAAACAUAAUAGGUGUAUUAAAGGAAUGGUUGAGCCAAAAUAAAAACAAAAAAAAUCUGUCAUUAUUUACUCACCCUUAUGUUGUUCCAAACCAAUAUGACAAGUUCCUUUAUUUUCUGUGAAAUGCAAAAGGAGAAAUGUUGAAGAAUGCACUGGCCAAUCUUUUCCGUAUAAUGAAAGUGAAUGGGGACUGGGGUUGUCAAGCUCCAAAAUGACAAAAAUAACACCAUAAAAUUAUCACAAAAGUAGUCCAUGUGACUUGUGCAUAGGGCCGGCUUUAGGCAUGGGCAGGAGUGGGCUGAGCCCACCCAAAUGUGAGUCUUGCCCACCCAAUCAAACAUUUGGGAAACAUGGUUUUAAAUUAUUAUUUUUAUUUUUUUCAAUUUGUGCAUUGGUUAAAAGAAAUAUGGGGCGGGCUGUGUGUUGCAAACUUUGAGGGUGGGCUAUAGACUGCCCAACCAAUCACAAAACAGCAGCAGAAAUGUGUAGUGUUUUUCUAUUUAUGUCAUGGGCUAAAAGCAACAACACACUGAAGCUACUGCAAUCCAGAGAAUCCGAGAUGUUAUGCGAGCAAGAACUGUAAUAAGAGAUAUUUUUGUGCAAUGUGUGGGUUUUAAUGCCCAUAAAUAAGCCUGGUGCUGUUUCAGUGUGCUGUGACCAUGUGGCUGCUGUUAAUGUACCACAGGCUCCCUCUUAUCAAAUAGCUCCCUCUCCCUCCACAUCAGCUACCCCAAAUCGCACUGUGGUUGUUUGUGAAGUACUGGACCUGAAUUAUAAAAUAGAGUUCUCUGCGGGAUGGAUUUUUCAGACCCGCUCCUGAGAGAUUCUGUCCCGCUCCUGAAAGAAAAAAAAUUAUAUCUGGUACAGCUCCCGCCUGCAACUUUCACGUUUUGUCCCACAAAAGCCCACAGGUAGUGGUAUGCACGAAUUUUUCAGUGCCACUCCCGUAAGAUUCUGUCCAUUCUAUCAUUGGCUAUUUUUAUUAUGAUUCCCAAACGAAAAAAGAAAAACAGGUAGAGAGAGAAAUAACACGUGUCUCUUAACACUAACAUUGACAAAUAUCUUACUGACCUUUGGUUGCUUUCAAAGUUUUGUUUGUAACUUUCUUUCAUAAAGCAUUAACAUCCAUUUUCUGCUGCAUGGAGCACAAAGAAAAGUUGUAUGAAUCAAUCCUGCGCCUGUUUUUUUGUUGCUGUUGUGCAAUAGAUGGAUAACACGAAUAACACUCCGUACCUUAAAUACAUUAAAUAAAACUAUUUUAUUUUUUUAACAACAUGGCAUCACUUUCCAUCCAUUCAAAUUCCUGUGUUCCCUAAAUUACUUUACACAUAUAGAUUCACUGGUAAAUAUAUCGAUACCUACAAAGGCCAUACUCAUUAACUAACAUUGAAACCGAGAAAAAUGGCUUGAAUUAUUUUGAUGUGGAUUUUGUUGUUACUGCAUUUUCAUACAAUGGUUUCUCUGAAUUUCAGCAAACGAGACAAACUCAUCUGACACCGGACAAAUCAUAAGAGACCGGUUUCAGUCAGAACUCAAUUUUGCCUUUGUAGGGUUGUAUCAUUUCUUAUUACAUUUCUGUCAAACGGAAAGAAUUGUCAUCAUGUAAUAUUAUAUAAUUACUUCUUUAAGCAGUUCCCAUCUGUGUCAAAUAUUAGGAUCUUAAUCUUAUGUAAUUGAUCUCUCCAUCUAAUAUAUUUAUUUUCACACCAUCCUUAUUUUCCUCCUUGAUAUUAUUUGUCUCCACAUCAUCCUCGCAUUCGUGGGGACUCUAAUUUGUCUUUGCAAUUUGCUUUAAGGCUGUAAUUCUAAUUUAUCUAAAAGUGUAUUGCUUUAUUUUGUUUCUUAGUAAUGGAAGUAGUAUACUACCUCCAUUACUUCAAUCUUAUGAGUCAAGUCCAGUCAAAUUUAUUUGCAUAGAACUUUUCACAACAGCCAUUGUUUCAAAGCUGCUGAAUAUGAAAUUAUGCUAUAAGAGAAAAUGAAUGAAGAUAAUGCUAAUAUUAGUUAUGUUUAGAACUAUUAGUGGUUAAAAUGAGUAAACUAAGUACGUGCGUAUGAUUAAAUGCAAUGUUUAUCAGUUUAUUUAUUUCAAUAUAUUUUUUAAAAUGGGGAAAAGUGUAAAAUAUAGUUAUAUUGGGUCUUAUGAUCUUGACAAUUACGCCAUGUUACGCCAAUUAAAGACAUUACAUUAGUAGUCUAUGUAACCCCUCCCCCAUCCCAAAUGCCCACCUAUGAUAUCCCCCAGCCCACCCUAGCUUGUGCACUGUAAGCCUUCUGAAGACAUAUGGUAGUUUUGUGUGAGGAAAAUAUCUUCAUUUAGGUCAUUAUUCAUUGAAAAUCAUGCCCUCCGCUGUCCACAUCCAUUCAAAUAUGACACCUUUGAAUGCAACAUGUCCAGUUUGAUGUCAAAGACAUUGAGGCUAUUGUGAGUAACAUGACCAAUUACAACACGGCUUGAAUUUAAAGAUGCAGACGCAUUAAUGUUGGUCCUAGCUAUCGUAAGGCUUCAGAAGACUUGUAAUAUAGCACGUGUCGUAUGGACUACUUUUCAGAAACUUUAAUGGUGCUUGUUCAUCAUUUCGGAGCUUGAUAACCCAUAUCCCUUUUUACUUGUAUUAUAUGGAAAAGAGCUAUCAACAUAUUCUUCAGCAUUUCUUGUUUUGUGUUCCAUGAAAAAAAGAAAGCCAGUUGGGUUUGGAACAACAUGAGGGUGAGUAAACAAUGACACGGUUUUCAUUUCCAGGUGAUCUAUUCCUUUAAAGUGAUGCUUCAAGGUUGGAAAACAAACAUUUGCUUGUUAUAAUAUGCUGUCACAUGUGAUAUAUUGAAGGUAGUAUUUUCCAGACAUGGACACAGCAUGUGCCAAAAGCUUAAUGUACUUUGUCACCAUUUUCUUGUGUGUUUUCCUCUGUGUAACUGCUACUUAGUAGAAACUCUAUAAUCACUGAAGAUUUCAAAUGUCACAUGAGAAGCUGCUAAUUAAUAUGGCAUUUCAACAAAACAAGGGAGAUAUUGAUGUAUAAAUGAUCAAAUAAAACAAAAGCUGAUGCCCUGAUGGAGGAUGGAGGGCAAACAACACUGAGAUUUAUCCGUUAUUGAUAUGUUAUUUAUUUCUGUCUAAAAGCUUUUUGUGUUUAUGAUAUUGAGGUUGUCCAAAUACAAUGAAUGGUUGAUCAUUUUAUCCUGGUCAUCAAAUACAAUUAAAUACACAUUAAUCACCAGAGAACUUACAGAAUAAUUUGAACAGAAAUAAUGUUCGAGUCAAUGCAGCAAUUGUAUAAACAUGCGUAAUCCCUCGUGGGUGGCUUAUUGCAGAUAUUUCUGUGUCUGGAUGCAGAUGGUGUCUCUCAUCACUACUGAAGUUCAUUUGGUCUUCUCCACACUCUGUUUGGACAUUAUUGAGAAGUGGUUGUGUGUUUUCCUACUUAGCACGAGGAGAUACUAUACCAAGAACUUAUUAUAACCAGUCAAAAAUAUCUCGAAAUUGGAUGUUUUCCAGUUUAAAGAGCAUACUUUUGUGAUUUAGAUCUGUAGUUUACAGAAACGAAUGAGUUAAUCGUCCAAACGAGUGAGAUGAUUCUGUUGUAUUAUAUCUGCAUGUGGUCUGUGAUUGUUUGCUAGCUAAAUUGUUUUCUUUUUCUUUGUUUUUACACAAAAAAGCAAGAAAGUAAUGAAAAAGAACAGAAGACGCUUCUUUGUAUUUUUCUUUGUGUUUGUCCAGAUUUGCUUUAUUAAUGUCUUUAAAUGUCAAAUUGUGUUCUAUGAAUGUAUUUUAAUUUAUUUGUAGUUUGCCAAAAUGAAGAUUUUGAAGCAUGCCGCAGGCAUUGUCACUGAUUAAAAAAGCGAAAGCAAAAAUAAAUGGAAAAAAAUAUAUAAUUAAUGUAUGUACCUGAAUUGAAAGGAGUCUGGUAUACUGUAUGUAGUGAACUCAGGCUUUCACAGGAUGAAAGGUAAAACUACGAGACAAUGUGUUUUCUGCAUAAACAUCAUGCCAGGAUGUGGUCCAGAGCAAAACCAAACAGGAAUGUGCAAUAAAGGCUGUAGGCUGAUUCCA